GAUAUUCCCUGUGAUUCCAGGAUAUUCCAGGAUAUUCCAGGAUAUUCCCGGUGAUUCCAGGAUAUUCCAGGAUAUUCCAGGAUAUUCCAGGAUAUUCCAGGAUAUUCCCGGCGGUCCCAGGAUAUUCCAGGGUUUCCCAGGAGCGUGGGAACAUGGCGGCGGGCCUGCAGGUGCUGGGCCUGGUCCUGGGCGUUGUGUCCUGGUGUCUCCAGUCCAGCUGCACGUCGUCCCAGACGUGGAGGGUGAAGAGCCAGGCCGAGGCCGUCACCACCAGCCAGUGGACGUUCGAGGGUUUGUGGAGCAGCUGCGCCGCCACCUCGCUGGGGUCGGUGCAGUGCAGCCGCUUCAAGACGCUGCUGGGGCUGCCGGUUCACCUCCAGACCUGCAGGGCUCUCAUGAUCCUGGCGCUGCUGUUCGGUCUGGCGGCCAUCUUGUCCUCCAUCCUGGGACUGCGGUGCACCAAGAUCGGCGGGAUGUCGGAGCUCGUCAAAGACCGGAUCGCCCUGAGCGGAGGAAUCCUCUUCAUCCUGUCGGGGCUUUUCUCCCUGACCGCCGUCUCCUGGUACGCCGCCAGAGUCAUCAGCGACUUCUACGACCCGCUCUACGCCGGCCUGAGGUUUGAGCUGGGUACCGGCCUCUACCUGGGCUGGGCAGCCUCCGGUCUGGCCCUGCUGGGCGGCUCCAUGCUCUGCUGCUCCUGCAGGAAACCUCGACACUUUUCCUCCUACUCCACCAGACCGACCAUCUACCGAGCAGCCGCCUCCGACGGGGGCAGCGCCAAGGCCUACGUCUGAGUCUGGGUCCUGGUCCGGGUCCAGGUCCAGGUC